AUGGUGGGGUCAAAAGUGCAGGGUUUGUAAACCUUACCCUUGGACCAGGAGGACGGAGAGAUGAGAGAGCUGUCGCGUUCCCGCCAUUUGCGUCUGGACCGUCUCAGAGGCUGUGCGUGCAAGAUCUCAGCGGCACGAACGCAUCUUUUCUCCUGCCCGAGGACGACAUGUCAGCAGACAGGGAGCCUCGUACGCGUCAGCUGCCCGCUCCCUUUGUGACAGGUCCGCCCGUCGGGGAUUCGACGCGAGAUGAAUUGUGGAAAGGUGAGUGCGGCCGGACAUCGAUGCGGGUGUCUGUCUGUCUGUCUAUCUGGCUAUUCUUUGUUAUGGUUCCCUCAUUCAGGUCAGUGGAGCGAUGGCAUCUGUGACUGUUUCUCCGACGGACCGUCCUGUAUUCUGGGAACGGUGGGGCUCUGCUUGUCGCCCGUCUACGCCUUCCUCAAGGUGAAGAUAUGCAGGGCAUGCAGGCACCGAGAGGAGAGGGAGUGCCUUAAUCCCAUCUUAUUCACGGAUCUCCCUCUCCUUAUCUCUCUCCUUAACAUGCGCGUGUGCAGGCGUGGCCGUUGGCACAGGUGAAGCUGCUGCCGCUCUGGGCUGGCGUCCUGGUCUUCAGCGCCGUCAUGCUCACCGGCGGCUUGCUCACGACGAUAUUGGAGCAUGUCUACCCCUACUACUGGGUCCAUGUCUUGAACACCAACGAGUCCUACCUCAACGACGAGAGCGUCCACCCCGAGGACAGGCCUAGCUCGAAAAUCACGGUGUUCUGGCCGGUCGCGGUAGUCGGCAGCGUUGUCGCCUUCAUCGUUUUUCUUGUCUAUCGAACCAAACUGAGGAGGUACGCAGGCGGAUGGCCGGCUGCAGUGCUGGGAGGGACCCGAUGGAUGACUCACUGACACAAUACUGGUCUGUCUGUCUGUCUGUCUGUCUGUCUGUAAGAUAUUACGGCAUCGCAGCAACCGAUGGCUGCGGCGACUGCUGCUGCGUCUAUUGGUGUAUGCCGUGCACCGUCCUGCAGGAAUACAGACACGUGCUGAGGGCCCGAGGCUUCAAGGAUGACCUUCCCCCGCCGGCUGUCAUGGCUUACCAGCAGAACGGAGUCGCACCGUAUGUGAUUGGAAGACCGCAACUGCAGCCGCAGACGGGGACUCCAGACCAAUCGACUGGCGACCAUGGUGUCCAUUAUGUGUUUGACACCCGACAUAAGUAGGUAGAUGAGUCGAGGGCCAGUACAUCGGUAUUGAUGAAUGGUGUGCUCGAUCGGCUGUGCGUGUCUUUGCAAAUUGUGUGGCACGGGCAGCCAGCCAAACAGGCAGGCAGGCAGACAGGCAGGCAGGCAGGCAGAGACUUCUCGUGCAUGGUUUAUCGUGGUUGAUCAGUGUGUGCAAACGGCACCCAGAUGCAUUGUGACACGCAUUGGUUUUGCGGCUGAUUAUUUAUAGGACCUGUGUGUGCCCUCUGGGCUGCUUGCGACUUGUAUGGCUCUCCGGCUGAUUGAGAUAGGUGUGCACGUGUAGACUGAUGACCUGUUUGUAACGUGCGCUGUUUGUUCCUCUGUGUCUGUCAUGCAUUGCACCCAUCAAUCCACUCACAACUUCACUCUCAGUUCGUCCGUUGAUCAUUUUGUGUCGUCAGCGACUUGUCUGUCCUGCAUCUCACGCU